CAUCAAAUUCAGUCGAUAUUGUAUCAAUGUUCAACUCUAAACCAUUUGAUUAAUAAAAUUGUCUGCAUAAUCGAUGUAUUUAAAAAUAGAUACAUUAUGAUAUCCAUUAAUCCAAAAAACAUAAUAUACAGACAUUACUGUUAUUUUGAUACCAUAUAGGUGUAAUUUAAUUGUGUAAAUUGUAAUUGUUUGUACGAUUCGUACCUACCUAUAUGUAAAUGAGUAAAUAACUGGAUAGGACACUAUUUAACUAUCUGAAAUAAGUUUUAUGAUUAUAUUGUGAUUUUGGUUAUCGUACGAAAUACGUCGAUCAAUCGAUAUGACUUUAAAGAUUUAUAUUAUAUGUAGGUAGGUACAUUAAACAUUAUAAUAUACAUUACGUACACGCAGAUUUCCUGCAGAUUUAUUCCAGUGCAGUACUAGUCUACUAGUCGUGAACUCUCUACAAUUUGUUGUAUUUGACGUGGCUUUAAUCGAAUCAUGUUUAUAAUAAUCAUUACGGUGUACAUAAGUGUCUCGACAUGUUGAUGAAGCUCGUUUCUCGUUACUCGUCCACCCGAUAAGAUAAUGGUAAUUGUAUAUCAUCAUUCAUCAUUAUAUAUAUAAUAUAGGUGUUUGCGUUUAGAUUACCUUAAAUUUAGCGUUGAUUUUCGGUAAGUACUCUAGUCAUUAGUUAGUUGUGCCUGUUCGACAAUAUGCGACCGCGAUCAUAUAUUGCGUUUUUCGUCGUUUUUGCGCACGUCCGGGGAUACGAUGAAAAACCUAACUUGGAUUUUGGACGGUUGCCGGACGACACCAAACCGGAAUCGUACGCACUGAGUGUGUUGCCGGAUUUUGAUGCGGUAAACCCUUCGUUCACCGGCCUAGUGGACAUCUCAAUCGUAGUGAAGACCACCACCGCCGAGAUUACAUUUAACUCAAAGGACUUGGUGUUGCACGAAAUCAGGAUUACGGAUGAUAACACCAACGGCGAUGUCAGGGUUGACUCUUGGAAGUGCAUGGAAGACCUGGAACAAGUAAAAGUCAAGGUAGAUGGACUUAUUUUGGCAAAACGAAAAUACACUAUACAUAUUGAUUAUAGUGGUUAUUUGAACGACGAUGCGUCCAAGAUUUUCCACACCUCUUACGAUGCCUACCUGCGUGUAAAAAAGUUGGUGGCUGCUAACAAUCAAUUACAAACUACACGCGCAAGAAGUGCUUUUCCUUGUUAUGAUGAACUACACUUUAAAACACCAUUUAACGUAUCCAUAAAAACUAAAAGGAACGAAAUCGCUUUGUCAAGUAUGCCGAUUUUGAACACUGUUGACAUAGAUGAGCCCAUAGGAAAAGAUUCAACCAAAUACACGUACAAGACCUGGGUUCAUUUUAUUCAAACUCCACUAAUUCCAACAUCUAUGGUUAACAUUUUUGUUGGUGAAUUCAAGCAACUUGGCAAAUUACGUCAAAGCUUAAGUCACGAGGAUGGCUUAUAUCUGGAAAAAUAUAUAAUGAGAGCGGCUCCUGAUCAACUGAACGCAAUAAGAAAUAAGAAAUAUGCAGAUAUUCCAACAGAUUCGUCACCAAUGUUUUCUAGUACAAUUUCAGAAACAAAAGAAUCCACUUCCAUCCCCGUUACUACAGAUCCGUCAUCAGUGCCAUCUAGUACAAUUUCGGAAGCACAAGAAUCCACUUUCACCCCUGUUACUACAGAUCCGUCAUCAAUGCCUUCUAGUACAAUUUCGGGAGCACAAGAAUCCACUUUCACCCCUGUUACUACAGAUCCGUCAUCAAUGCCUUCUAGUACAAUUUCGGGAGCACAAGAAUCCACUUUCACCCCUGUUACUACAGAUCCAUCAUCAGUGCCAUCUAGUACAAUUUCGGAAGCACAAGAAUCCACUUUCACCCCUGUUACUACAGAACCGUCAUCAAUGCCUUCUAGUACAAUUUCGGUAACAAAAGAAUCCACUUCCAUCCCCGUUACUACAGAUCCAUCAUCAGUGCCAUCUAGUACAAUUUCGGAAGCACAAGAAUCUACUUUCACCCCUGUUACUACAGAUCCGUCAUCAAUGCCUUCUAGUACAAUUUCGGAAGCACAAGAAUCUACUUUCACCCCUGUUACUACAGAUCCAUCAUCAGUGCCAUCUAGUACAAUUUCGGAAGCACAAGAAUCUACUUUCACCCCUGUUACUACAGAUCCGUCAUCAAUGCCUUCUAGUACAAUUUCGGAAGCACAAGAAUCCACUUUCACCCCUGUUACUACAGAUACGUCAUCAGUGCCAUCUAGUACAAUUUCGGAAGCACAAGAAUCUACUUUCACCCCUGUUACUACAGAACCGUCAUCAAUGCCUUCUAGUACAAUUUCGGAAGCACAAGAAUCCACUUUCACCCCUGUUACUACAGAUCCGUCAUCAAUGCCUUCUAGUACAAUUUCGGUAACAAAAGAAUCCACUUCCACCUCUGUUACUACAGAUUCGUCAUCAAUAUCUUUUAGUACAAUUUCGGUAACACAAGAGUCCACUUCUACUUCUGUUGCUACUGAGUCUUCGUCAAUGUCUUCUAGUACAACUGUGGCAACACAAGAAUCUACUUCCACCUCUGUUGCUACUGAAUCUUCGUCAGUUUAUUAUGGAACAACGACAGAACCAAUUCAACCGACAAUUUACACCGAUUCUACAACAAAAUUAAGCACGUCAGUCGAACCUGUUCCUAUAAGAUACAGUAGAACAUCAACAGAACAUGUCCCAACAUCGGAACCUUUUGUGCCUACUACCAAAUAUACAACGUCAACAUAUAAACCAAUGAUUGUGUCCACUGAAUCGUUUUAUGGACGACCAUAUUAUGUAUUUAAUUUUAUUUUCACAAGUGUGUUAAUAAUUAUUGCUCUUUUAAUGGGCACAGUAUUUUUUUGGAAUAAGCUUGCUAGGAAAAAUGUUUUCAGUAACAAUGUAAAUAUUUCUCUGUAAACUAAUCAAAUAAAUUUAGUUUUGUUUUGAUUUUCUAUAAUCCAGUGAGCAUUUGUUAAUUUUCUUUUGGUAAGUUUUAGUUUAUCACAAUAUUUGUCCUGUUAAUAAAUAAAAUUAUAAUAAAAAAAUGGUAUAUUUUUUUAUUAAAACUAUUUCUGUACAGUUAAUCGAAUGAGUAAUUAAUGUUGGCCAAUUUGCUCAUAGUAUUGGAACAAAUUCUAUAAAAUGUGUUUAUAAAUGCUAUUAUUUUUAAAUGGUUAUUUAAUUUUUUGAUUAACACCAAUUCAUU